AUGAAGUUCUCCCUCGUCACCCUCGGCGCCCUCGCCCUCUCCGCCCAGCAGGCCUCCGCCCUGCGAGGCAAGAGCACCCAAGCCGCCUUUGCGAGACAAGGAGACAACAUCCCCACUUGCGAGAAAGACCCGCUCUCCUUCAACUUUACGGAGCCUGGUCAGUCUUUCGUCUUCCAGUGCAAAGAGGUCACCCAUAAGAGUUUGAAGCCAGCGUACGACCCUAAAGCCCCGCAAAUGUAUGCUGAGCACGAGUCGCUUGCCACUCUUUCCGACAUUCUCCCCGGGGCAACUUUCGUCAAUGUGACCGCUCUGAACCCUGCUAAGUCCAGAGCUAGUGGAGAUACAAAGGUCGGCGUUUUCAACUUCACAAUUCCCGUCUUGCCGCCUGAAGAGCACGACCUCCAUGUCAUCUGCUCCAGUGCCGCACCUGCGGGUACACCUGGUGCGGCUGCCCGCCUGGAGGAGGAAGAACAGAAGUGCACGGUGAACUUCCACGUGAUGUCCUCGGCUGUCCGUCCCGUGAUGGCCGCCGGCGCUGUCACCGCCGCUCUGGCGUCUCUUCUCCAGUUUGCCUAA